AUGGAGCCGCAAGUCGCAGAAUUGAAGCAGAAAAUUGAGGAUACGUUGUGCCCUUUUGGCUUCGAGGUUUAUCCUUUCCAGGUGGCAUGGUACAAUGCACUCCUGCCUCCAGCCUUCCACCUACCCCUACCAGGACCUACCCUGGCUUUCCUGGUGCUCAGCACACCUGCCAUGUUUGACCGAGCCCUAAAGCCCUUCCUGCAGAGCUGCCGUCUCCAACCACUGACCGACCCUGUGGACCAGUGUGUGGCCUACCACUUGAGCCGAGUUAGAGAGAGCCUCCCAGAGCUGCAGAUGCAAGUCAUCACUGACUAUGAGGUACAACCGAACCGACGCCCCAAGAUUCUGGCCCAGACGGCAGCUCAUGUUGCAGGGGCUGCUUACUACUACCAACGACAGGAUGUGGAGGCUGACCCCUGGGGGACCCAGCACAUAUCAGGUGUGUGUAUACACCCCCGAUUUGGGGGCUGGUUUGCCAUCCGAGGGGUGGUAUUGCUGCCAGGGAUAGAGGUACCAGACCUGUUACCCACAAAGCCACCAGACUGUGUUCCUACAAGAGCUGAUCGCAUCACUCUGCUUGAAGGAUUCAAUUUCCACUGGCGUGACUGGGCUUACCGAGAUGUUGUGACACCCCAGGAGCGCUACUCAGAAGAGCAGAAAGCCUACUUUUCCACUCCACCAGCCCAGCGCUGGGCCCUUUUGGGUUUGCCCCUGCCCUCAGGGGAGAUUAGCCCAGUAGCCUCUGAGCAUCCCCUUACCACACUUACCUGCAAGACCCAGAAUCCCAGCAGGGUGAGGGGCUGGGUUAGUCCCAGAGCCUCACCCACUACAUCCACUGGUCCAUGA